AUGAACACCACGAUAUACUUCGCGCUGGUGGUAGCAGCAUGCCUUUGCAUCGCAGAAGGCGCCCCCGAAGGUCGCCUGACCAGGAAGCAGCAACGACCCACCCGCGGCUUUAAGAAUGUCGAGAUGAUGACCGCCAGGGGGUUUGGGAAACGCGCUGAACGCGACGUCGACCACCAAACUCCCUCGGAACGCACAAAUCGCGGUACGCCUACGUUUAAGAGUCCUUCAGUCGGAAUCGCACGGGAUUUCGGCAAAAGAACACCGGAAUUGGAAUCGGAAGGUACCAUAACCGAUGGGCGCAUGAAGUUUCACCCUAAGGUACCUCUGAUGGUGGCUUAUGAUUUCGGAAAAAGGAGUGGUAACGAUGAACUUGUUGGAGAAGAAGAAGAAAUUAGGGUGACCAGAGGAACAUUUAAACCCAAUGCCAAUGUACUUAUUGCCAGGGGAUAUGGCAAACGACAAGAACCAGCGAAAACUGAAGUUUAUGGUAUGGAAAAUUUCUGGGACAACCUGGAGGCUGCGCAAGAAAAAGAUGGACAGGACACUGAUGAGAAGACUUUGCAAAGUAUUCCACUGGACUGGUUUGUCAACGAGAUGGUGAACAAUCCCGACUUCGCCCGAUCUGUCAUCCGCAAGUUCAUUGACCUCAACCAGGACGGUAUGCUAUCAUCUGACGAACUCUUAAGGAACGUUUAAACUGCUAAAAUAAUUCUAGUUAAUACUCAAGUAUGUUUCGAAUCGGUUAUGUACUCUUCGGAUAUUUUUGUAUGUAACAGUUUAUUUACUGAGUUAUGACUAA